AUGGAUCAAACCUCAUUUAUAAUGAGAGUACGAAUAAAGGAUUUGGUUUAUGGGGGUGGUGCUUUUAUUAUUUCAACAAAUUUUCUUUUAUUUGAAGUUUUAUUUGGUUUCAUGGGUCUGGAGGUAGUAAUCAUUGUCAUGCUCCUUUUGUUUUUUAUUAAGAAGUGGAAUAAGAUUGGUCUUUUGUGUUCAUGGUGUUCUACUCAUAAAUAUGUUUUGUUUAUAUAUUGCGAUGAGGUUGUGUGGAGGACGAUUUGGAAAUGUGGAAGUUUUGGGUGUUCUAUUGUUGAUUACUCUCUUUCUGUCUCGAGGUCUCUCGAUGACAUGGAACUUGUUCGACUUGAAUGGGGAGUAUCCUAUGGGAACAGAGGUUGGUGGAUUAACGGAGGAUGGUGGAUCCAUGGGUUGGUCUUGAGCUGGUUAUUAUGUUUGUUUAUAUUAUUUAAUAGGCAGGGUCUAGGAAAUAUGAUGCACUUCUGGGGGGAGCUAAAAAGCAUAAGGAGCCUGUGGCUUCGAGGUGUAAUUAGGAAUGCAGAAAACCUUUCACGGCUUCGUUGGUGUGGUGUCAUUUGGGGAUUAUUAAAUCAUAUGAUAAUUGAGAUUAACUGUCAAGCACAUUUAGUGAUCAAACAGAUUGUAUUUGAUUAUGCGUGUGUUCUGCAAGUUAUUUUUUAUUUGGUAGAUACUAUUUGGCCUAGGAGGAAUAUUUGGAAAUUUGGAAGUGGAGGGGUAGGUUCAAAUUUUAUACUUAUUAGGGAUAUUUGGAAUGUGAGGUUAAAAGGUUUUUUGAUCUCCUUACGGGAAAUAAAUAAAUGUAAAAUGUUGAUGCGACCUUGUCCAAUAUAUAAAUUAGCAGGAACAAUUUUGGAUGUCUCAGUUCUGAAUUUGAAUAUUAAUUUCUCUAGUAUAUUCGUUGGACGACUACACGGUUGUAGUGUGAAAUGCAAGUAUGGGAAUAAGAGGUCCAAAUGGUUUGUUCGGGAAUCGAUGGGGAUGGAAGCUUGGUAUAGCUACAUUGGGACCAUAGAAGGGCUGGGUAUCUUUAAAUCCCAUAUUUUCGGCUCGAGAGAGCAAUACAAGGUGUUUUAUAUAUAUGAAAAUAUUAAGCUAGAAUUGUAGAGGACUUGGGAGUCAUUGGACCAUAAGUUAUCUUCGGGAGACAUGGCAUAAACACAAACCAGAUUUUUUAUUCUUAGCUGAAACGAAACAGGAUUUUGAGUUUGUCCAGUGGUUUCAACCACACUUUGGAUAUGAUAGUUUGACUACUGUGGAUCCAAAUGGGAGAAGUGGUGGUUUAGCUCUUUUUUAUAAUAAUGAGUAUCAGGUGAAGAUUCUAUAUUCUAGUAAUAGAAUGAUAGAUAUUGAGGCGGUGGUCAAAGGAAAACAAGUUUUUCUUACUUUUGUUUAUGGGGAUCCGGUGCAAAAGCUAAGAGAACAAGUAUGGGAGAGACUAACUCGAUUUGGAUUGGCACGUUCGGAACCUUGGUUUAUUAUUGGAGAUCUAAAUGACAUUACUGGGAAUCAUGAAAAGGAUGGAAGCUCUCUACGUUGUACAACUUCAUUUAUCCCCUUCAAUAAUAUGAUAAGAAAUAGUGGUUUAUUAGAAUUUCCGGCUAGAGGAAAUACACUGUCUUGGCAAGGAAGAAGGGGUAAAGGGAAAGGAGCAGUGACAGCCAGAUGUCGCUUGGAUCGGGCUUUGGCAAAUGAGGAAUGACACACGCUCUUUCCAUGUUCUUAUACAGAGUAUCUAAAAAUGGUGGGGUCUGAUCAUCGUCCAGUGGUGGCUUUUUUGGAGGAUAAUGUUACAAGGAAAAAAAGGGGGCAAUUUAGAUUUGACAAAAGAUGGAUUGGUCAGGAGGGUCUCAUGGAGUCGAUUACAGCAGGCUGGACGGAGAGUCAGGAAGGACAAUUAAGAGAUCUUGCUACAAAAAUUAAAAAUUGUCGUCAUGAAAUAUCUUCAUGGCGUAAAAAUAAUCAACCAUAUGGAAAGGAUAAAAUACAGGAGCUACAAAGGGCACUGGAGGAAGUUCAAAUGGAUAAUAAUAGGUCACAAGAAGAGAUUAUUGAGGUUUCUAGGAAACUGCAGGAGGCUUAUAAGGAUGAGGAGGAAUAUUGGCAUCAGAAAAGCAGGAAUAUGUGGUACUCAUCUGGCGAUCUGAAUACUAAAUUUUAUCAUGCUUUGACGAAGCAGCGUAGGGUUCGUAACAAAAUAGUGGGUCUCCAUGAUGAAGCAGGUAAUUGGAUAACGGAUGAGAAAGGAGUUGAGAAGGUGGCAGUUGAUUAUUUUGAGAGUCUGUUCACGACCACGGAUCCAACGGAAUUUGAUAGUUUUUUGGAGGAGAUAACACCAUCUAUUUCUCCCUAAAUGAAUCAAAUAUUACUGAGAAUGGCAACGGAGGAAGAGGUCCGACAAGCUUUAUUCAUGAUGCAUCCGUAGAAAGCGCCAGGACCGGAUGGGAUGACAGCUCUUUUCUUCCAACACUCCUGGCAUAUAAUUAAGAGGGAUGUGGUUGAGAUGGUGAAUAAAUUUCUUCUCACAGGGAAUAUGGAUCCACGUUUAAACAUUACUAAUAUAUGUAUGAUUCCUAAAGUAGAGAGACCCACAAGGAUGACGGAAUUAAGGCCGAUAAGUCUUUGUAAUGUUGGUUACAAGAUUAUCUCGAAGGUUUUGUGUCAAAGAUUGAAAAUUUGCCUACCAAGGCUAAUUUCGGAGACACAAUCGGCAUUUAUGGCGGGCAGGUUAAUAUCGGAUAAUAUUCUUAUAGCGCAGGAAAUGUUUCAUGGACUGAGGACAAAUAAGUCAUGUUAGAAUAAAUUUAUGGCAAUCAAAACGGAUAUGAGCAAGGCAUAUGAUAGGAUUGAGUGGAAAUUUAUCGUGGCACUUCUUCACAAAAUGGGAUUUGAUCCUCGUUGGACUAAUUUGAUGAUGGAAUGUAUUUAUUCGGUUCAAUAUAGGGUUCUUAUCAAUGGUCAACCACAAGGACUUAUUUUUCCUCAACGAGGCUUACGGCAGGGGGAUCCUCUCUCUCCGUAUUUAUUUAUUAUGUGCACUGAGGCAUUAAUCGCGAAUAUUAAGAGGGCGGAGAGAGAGAAACAACUUACUGGUUUAAAGGUGGCAAGAGCGUGUCCAGCAAUCUCUCAUUUGCUAUUUACCGAUGAUAGUCUUUUCUUUUGCAAGGCAAAUAAGGAGGAAUGUCAAAUCAUUCUUAGGAUUUUAAAGGAAUAUGAGGCUGUCUCGGGGCAACAAAUAAAUUUUCAGAAAUCUUCAAUUCAAUUUGGGCACAAGAUUGAAGAACCAAAUCGUCAAGAAUUGAGAGAUGUUUUAGGAGUUCAAAAUAUAGGAGGCAUGGGAUCCUAUUUAGGCUUGCCAGAAAGUCUAGGAGGAUCUAAGGUACAAGUAUUUGGUUUUGUUCAGGAACGGUUGAAUAAUAGAGUUAAUGGAUGGACCUUUCGAUGUUUUACUAAAGGAGGAAAAGAGGUAAUUAUUAAAUCGGUAGUUACGGCCCUGCCCAACCAUGUAAUGUCUGUUUAUCGAUUACCGAAGGCUACUGUUAAAAAAUUAACAAGUGCAGUUGCUCAGUUUUGGUGGAGUCCAGGAGGAAGUUCUAAAGGUAUGCAUUGGAAAUUAUGGGAUAAAUUAUGUGAAACCAAAGAAAAUGGUGGGUUAGGUUUCAAGGAUCUUAUGGAUUUUAAUACGGCAAUGCUUGGAAAGCAAUUAUGGAGACUGAUUGAGAAGCCAAAUACCCUUUUCUCAAGAGUCUUCAAAUGACGGUAUUACAGGAAUGCUUCACCCCUGGAACCGAUUCGUUCUUCUUCUCCGUCAUAUGGCUGGAGGAGUAUUAUUUCUGUUAGAUCUCUGGUUUGUAAAGGACUAAUUAAAAGGGUGGGAACAGGUUCGUCUAUCUCUGUAUGGAAUGAUCCUUGGAUCCCAGCCACUCGCCCGAGACCAGCAAACAAAAAUUUUCCCAACUUUUAUCCGGACCUCACAGUGGAUUCCCUCAUUAAUUCGGAAUCUCGCUCAUGGAAUUUACAGGCAAUCAGGACUCUAGUGGAUCCUACGGAUGCAAAAAUUAUUGAAAGUAUUCCUUUAAGUAGGAACCAGUUUGAGGAUAGGAAUGGAUGGCAUUUUACUACUAAUGGAAAAUAUUCAGUCCGAUCAGGUUAUCAAGUGGAACGAGUCUAUCCUGAUAAGGAAAAACCACCAGAUUUUUAUGGCCAUACAGUGGAUAUACUUAAAGCUUUCUGUUGGAAAGUUCGGUGCCCCCCAAAAAUAAGAUUUUUUUUAUGGCAACUUCUCUCGGGAUGUAUAUCGGUAAUGAAAAAUCUCAAGGCAAGAGGGAUACAAGGAGAUAUAUGUUGUGCUCGAUGCGGAGAUCCGGAAGAAUCAAUUAACCAUGUAUUUUUUGAAUGUCCGCCGGCACGCCAAGUGUGGGCAUUAUCCAAGAUUCCGUCGUCUCCUAAUAUCUUUCCUAUCACCUCAUUAUUUGCUAAUAUGGAUCAUCUUUUUUGGAGAGUUCAGCCAAAGAUGGAUGACCAUCAGUUUGCAUGGAUUUUAUGGUAUAUUUGGAAAGCACGAAAUAACAAAGUUUUUAGUAAUCUGGAUAUUGAUCCGAGGGAUACUCUUCAAUUAGCUGAAUUAGAAUCAUCACUUUGGGCAGAAGCACAGGUGGGAAAUGAUCCUACGAGGGAGCCUUCGGUACAGACCAGUUCCUCCCUAGCAACACAAGGUCGAUGGUGUUUCAUAGAUGGUUUAUGGAAAGAUAAGGAUUCUUUUUCAGGGCAAGGUUGGUAUAGUACUUUACAGGGGUUUGAUGGUCUGUUAGGGGCAAAGAAUGUAAGGGCAUGUCUUUCACCCCUCCAUUCGGAGGUAGAGGCUUUGAUUUGGGCAAUGGAAUGUAUGAAGAAUUUAAGACAGUUACAGGUAACGUUUGCGACGGAUUGUUCUCAAUUGGUGAAGAUGGUUUCAGAACCAGAAGAAUGGCCAGCAUUCGAAAGCUAUUUGGAAGAUAUCAAACUUCUCAAAAGAAGUUUCCUCAACUCAGACAUCGUUCAUGUUCCUCGGACGGCGAACCUUCGGGCGGAUAGCUUAGCACGCAAUGCUAGGAAACAAUCGUUCUUUGUCGUUCACAUGGAUGCGGAGUUACCAACUUGGUUUACAGAGUCAACAUGAGUCUGUAAAUUCUUUGCUGUCAAAAAAAAAAAAAACAAAAGAAAUAGAAAUAAAAGGAGGAAGGUAGAGUGGGGGAGAUGGAGAGGAGGAGGGUAAGCAAGGAAGAAGUUGUACAGAAGCUUAAGGACGACGGCGAUUUUGACCGUCUCCGCGUCAAUAUAAUACGCCGCCUCAAAGAUAACGAGGAAUUACGAAACAAGAUGAUAUCACUUGUAAAGGAGUCUACAGCUUUGAAUCGACCUGGUGCUCAAAAUAUGAAACCCAGGCAGCUCUCUGAUGCUAUAUUCGAACAAGUCGGGAGCAAGAUGUUGAGCCAGCUCUCAGAUGGGUUGUGGGGAAUAAUAAGAUCAGAAGACGGGAUGAAGAGCGAGAUCAGAGAAACUGUGCAAUCCGUCUACGCUACGUUAUCAAACACAGGAGGCGUUCAAGAGGGACCAUCCACGAGAGAAGCGGAACGUAACAUCCCAACACCGUUCCAAAAGGUGACCGGUGUUGGUCCAGGGGGUAAACAGAAGCAAGAGGUGAUUCAAGGAGCUGUGGUAGUAAACAAAGGAGAAGCAGCAUGUAGUAGUAGUAGCAACAGAGUUAAUUACUACACUGACAACAACAGUGAUGAAGAAGAUCCUGAACUCCCUCCUGGUUUUGGCUAAACAUGUACUUUUCUUCUAAUUUUACAUGAUGCUGUUAGUGUAAGAUUAUGGCACUAAAAUCAGAUCUUAUAAUAACAAGAGUUCACGUUGAGAAUAAAAAGUAUUAUGUCCACAAAGUUAAUAGAUACAUAUAUUUCUGUUGAACUGGAAAAACCUUCGUCUACCAGAAAGUACCUUUGGUCUAUCAACGACUAUUGACAUAUGACAAAGGAAGCAACCAACAUUAGUACACAACAGGUUUCGUGGUGUAGUUGGUUAUCACGUCAGUCUAACACACUGAAGGUCUCCGGUUCGAACCCGGGCGAAGCCAAAUUCUUAAUAUUUUUUUCCUAGGUCGAUUGACCAAAUGUUGUGGAUUGCUGCCAAUUGUUUGACGGCCCCAUGCAAAAAGCUUUGGCUCCCAGUAUACUAAGCCCAUGGGUUGCACAUGGAAACUAAUGGUUCCUAUAAUAGUCUGGCCUACAUACUUGAUUAUUGAAGAAAAAUGUAACAAGUACUUAAAAAUCAUAUAAUCAAGAAUAUGUGGUGAUGUGAGUUACAUAUUCUAGUCCUUAACUAUAACCUCGCAUUUACCUAUAUAAAUCGUCAUUUACUACCUUAUUUUGUCUACUUAAAGAGUGUGAAGAACUUCAGAAUAUAGACAGACGAAAAAAAAGAGAUCACUAGACUUCAAACAUUUUUGUGUAAUAUCUAUCUAUGGCUUUUAUUUUACUCCAGGAAAAAUAAAAGGAUUAGUUAAAUAUGAUUUUUGUUAUUACAAAUAUAUACGUAGGCAUUUAUCAUUCUAAGUUUCUUACGAAGCGAUGUGGCGUAAUCAUUAAUCAUCCAUCCAUUAGAUUUUGUCUCAAGGCAAUUUAGGAAAUGAGACAUAUUUCGUUAUCCAUGUAAAUAUGUAAAUGCAAAAGAGUCAGAUAAAAGUUUGGUGGUCCUUCUAAGUAAAGAUAACUUCUUCGUAUAGUCGUAUUACGCACACUCGUACAUAAGCAUUAUUACUAAACACCUUGACUAUAUAUACAUAUCACUGAGAAAAUAUAUCUGCGUGUUCAUCGAUAAUUGUUUUUAAAGUGUCCGCUGCGAAAACUUAUGUCUUCCAUGUAUUAUAUCUAUCUAUGGGCCGAUAUGAUAACAAGAAAAUGAUUUUAGCGAUAGAAAGUUAGAAACUAUACAUAUCUUAGAGCAUGAUUAUCCCAAAGACCCAUUUAGGGGUUCUUAUUUUUUUUAUAAUACUUUUAAGUAGUAAAAGUGAACUAAGAGAUAACAUUAAGAAAAACAUAACAAAUGUUUCUUUCUGAUGAAACCGAUAAACCAAGCGUUAUAAUUACAACCGUACGAUGCCAACCUGAAGAUAACACUAACAUAUAUCUUUUCUAAUCUAUUUUAUUACUAUCUGUCAUGAAGAUGGCUAAUAACUAAGUCACAAGCUGCUUAUCAUCGUGCUUCAUCACAUACCUUUUUAAGAAGGCUUCAUUGGUAUAUGUCAAGACACAUGGAAUCGAAAGGGGUUCACUUCCAAGCAACCCUUUGGCGAUGAGAGCUUUGAUUACGUUACACCUAGGCACAAUCCCUUCUCCAUGCUGUAUCCAAGUAGCUGAGGAAACAAAGCCACAACCUCUAGUGGCCAAUUCAUCUGAUUCACAGCAAACUCAAUCUUCUCCUUCACCAACCUCAAUCAAUACAUCAAGAUGAAACAACAAAGACAUACCUUUUUCUUAAGUAAGCUUUGGCCAAUGCAGGAUCCAACUCAAUAGCUUUCUUCGUAUCUGACACAGCUUCUGCUCAUCAAGAACUUGUGACACUACCAAACUAGAUUUCACACAGAACGACAUUAUUUUGAAAAUCAAUAUUCAAAAAUCUAAACUUUACUCCGCCUUCAAGGAGAACUCAGAGAAGCAGAGCACAA